AGCCAGCUCACUUCCCAGGCUGCCGCCCUGCCGCUCAGACGUCUGACGGGGUCCCGGCACCAGUUCAGCCAUGAGCCGGGCACUCUGGGGGCUCCUCCUUGCCUGGAUGCUGGUGGCUCAGGUGAGAGGGACGCAGCAGGUCCAGGAGCCAUCAUCUCCUGCAGGGUUUCAGGUGUGCAAGAAGGCCGUGAAGCUCCCGAGCCUGGAAGUCCUGCCUGGGGGGGGCUGGGAUAACCUCAGGAACAUGGACAUGGGCAGAGUCAUGAACCUGGGCUACUCCUUGUGCAAGACCACAGAAGAUGGAUCCUACAUCAUCCCGGAUGAGAUCUUCACCAUCCCUCGCAAGCAGAGCAACCUGGACAUCAACUCAGAGAUCAUCGAGUCCUGGAAGGAUUACCAAAGCGUCACCUCUGCCUCCAUCAAUGUGGAGCUGUCCCUCUUCUCCGCCAUCAACGGCAAGUUCUCAUACGACUUCCACCGAACCAAGACCCACCAAGUCAAGGACCAGGCGAUCACCACCCGAGUCCAGGUCAGGAACCUGGUCUACACUGUCAAAAUCGACCCAGGAGCAGCCCUGGACAAGAGCUUCAAGAAGCAGCUGCUGACAAUUGCCAGCCACCUGGAGAAGAACCAGACGCGGAUGGCCGAUUUCCUGGCAGAGGUGCUGGUGCUCAACUACGGCACCCAUGCCAUCACCUCCGUGGACGCCGGAGCUACCUUGGUCCAGGAGGAUCAGAUCAAGGCAACCUUCCUGAAGGACAGCUGGGCCACACGGAGCGCAGUCACUGCCUCGGCCGGCGCUGCCUUCCACAGCAUCAUCAGCAUGAAAACCGAGGGGUCCGUGGACAGCAGCUCUGCCUUCACCAGGCAGUACAUGGAUAACCGCACCAACUCCAGGGUGGAGAGCAUCGGCGGGACCCCCUUUUACCCGGGCAUCACCCUCAAGACAUGGCAGGAGGGCACCAGCAACCAGCUGGUGGCCAUCGACCGCUCGGGGCUGCCCCUGUACUUCUUCAUCAGCCCCAGCGCCCUGCCGGAGCUGCCCACCCCCACGGUGAGGCGGCUGGCCAGGCGCGUGGAGCUGGCCAUCCACCGCUACUACACCUUCAACACCUACCCGGGCUGCACGGACGACGGCUCGCCCAACUUCAACUUCCACGCCAACGCCGACGACGGCUCGUGCGAGGGCGCCGGCGCCAACUUCACCUUGGGCGGCGUCUUCCAGGAGUGCGUGGGGCUGAGCGGCCCCGACGCCGGGGCGCUGUGCCGGGGGCUGGAGCAGAGCAACCCGCUCACGGGGGCUUUCUCCUGCCCGGACGCCUACGUGCCGGUGCGGCUGGCCGCGCAGGAGCGCGAGGAGGGCUACAGCCACCUCGACUGCCACGAGAGGUGCGUGAUGGGCGUCUUCUGCCGCCGCGUGUGCCGCGACGCCUUCCUGCUCUCGCGGGUGCAGUUCAGCGCCUACUGGUGCGCCGCCGGCAGCCCGGCGCCCCCGGCCUCGGGGUACCUUUUCGGGGGGCUCUUCAGCGCCCGCGGCGCCAACCCCGUCACGGGCGCCCAGUCGUGCCCCGCGGGCUACCUGGCGCUGAAGCUCUUCGACGACCUCAGGGUGUGCGUGAGCGGGGACUACGAGGCGGGCGGCCGCUACGCGGUGCCCUUCGGGGGCUUCUUCAGCUGCCAGGCGGGCAACCCCCUGGCCGGGGGGCGGCGGGAGCCCGCCGGGGCCCCCCACGCCAAGGGCUGCCCCGCCGGCUUCAGCCAGCACCUGGCGCUCAUCAGCGACAGCUGCCAGGUGGCCUACUGCGCCCGGGCGGGCGCCAUGGCGGGGGGCGCGCUGCCGCCCGCCCGCCUGCCGCCCUUCACCCGCCCGCCCGCCGCCCUGCCCGCCACCGACACCCUCCUGGUGAGCAGCGGCGCCGGCUCCUGGGUGAGGGAGGCCGGCGGGGCCGCGUGGCGCCUGGCCGGGCCCGACGAGGCGCGGCAGGCCGCGGCGGCCCUGCGGGGCGGGCGGCUGACGGGCGGCGAGGUGGCCGGCGUGGCGGCGGCGGCGGCGGCGGGGCUGGCGGGCGCGCUGGCCGUGGCGGCCUACGGGCGCCGGCGGUACAAGGCGAGGGGGUACCGGGCCGUGGGGGGCGAGGAGGGCCCCGACGGCGGCGGCGGCGGCGCCGGGUACCAGGAGGAGCCGGCGGCUUGAGCGUCCCCCCCCCCUGCCCCCCAAGGACAGCGAAACCCCCAGCGCAGCCGCCCCCACCCCAAACCGGCCCCCAAAAAGCCGGGAAAAGUCACGGCAGCCCCCACCCAACACGUCGCUGGGACUCUGGGGGGCUCCACCAGCAGCCUCGUUGCGUGGGGAUGCGGAGGACGAGCGCGUGCUCGGCCCCACGGAGACCCCCCCCAGCCCCACGCGGGCACCCGGCAGCACCCGGGACCCCCCCGGAGACGGCUGCAAAGUCGGCCAUUGCCCUGCGCCCCCCCAAGCUGAGCGGGCAGGCAGGAAGCCCCCCCCCGCCGCGCUUUCACGUAUAUCUAUUUGCAUAGAUAUACCCGCACAUGCAAAGAG